AUGUCCACGCAAAACCCGAACAGCGUCGGAGGCUUGGAACUUCUCUAUCAGCAAUUACCUUUAGAUGAGCUUCAGAUACGUCUCUUAAGAAUAGAGUCGAACGCAGGGGCAACACAGAUCCAAGCUACGCUCAUUAAACGCAACUUACUUGACAUUAAGAGAGGGGGUCCUUUUUUCGAGGCGUUAUCAUAUACCUGGGGCCCGCCUACAGUCACCAAGGAUAUCGUUAUUAAUGGAAUCGCGUUUCCUGUUACCGCAAACCUAUACGCCUUCUUGGAGAACUACCAAGAGGCAGGUCAGGGCGUCGACCUGUGGAUAGAUGCAAUAUGUGUCAAUCAGAGCGACUUAUUGGAGAAAAACCACCAGAUUCCAAUGAUGAACCUGAUUUACGCAGCAGCCAGAGCACUGAUUAUCUGGCUUGGGGAAUCUUCAUCCGACAGCGACUUAGCGUUGGAAUGGAUCAACCAUCUUGGCAGCGCUUCUCCAUAUGACAAGAUGCCCAACAUUCCCAACAAGGCCUGGCAAGCUAUACAGAGCCUGCUUGAACGCCCUUGGUGGAAGCGCAUUUGGAUAGUGCAAGAAUUGACUGCGGGUGCAAUGGGCCUAAAGUUGGAGAAGGCCUCGAUUCUCUGCGGCCAUACCCGCGUUUCGUGGAUGUCCGUGGUAAUUGCCGCCGCUCGCAUGAAGGCCUACCAAGACGAUCAAAGACAAGCUUUCCCAACAAUCACAGAGAUCUUGGAGCUCGAUAGCUUGCGAGACAGUGCCGGAAACUAUUUUAUGAAACAGCCAACGUCCAAGUCUCUCUUUGACUUGAUUUGCCGUUACAGGCACUUCCUGGCCACAAACAGACGGGACAAGAUAUAUGCAAUCUGGAACAUGUUUGCAAGAGCGCCUUCAACAAGACUGCCGACAAGAUAUGAUCAAUCCGUGGAGGAUGUAUACGUCGAUUUCGCUGCAGAACUGCUAUCCGGCGAGACAGGUUUGGAAGUUCUCCGCCAUUGUGUGAAUGGUGGUGCGGACAUACCAUCUUGGGCUCCGGAUUGGUCUGUUCCACCUGGUGCGCUAUCACUACCUUUUAGAAAUAUUCAACGAUAUUUCGACGUUCCCUGGUGGGCAGAGCCAGAUUUUGAAAAACCCAGGGCUCCUUUUGGCGUUUCUGGUGGAACCAGAGACACACAAGCUAGAUUCCGCGUGAAUCCUCUGGUGAGCAGUGCAGAGGAAGAAGUAUUGCGAGAACGCCGAAUAAAACGGCUAGAAAUGGCCGCCAACGGUUCUGCGGUUGUCAAAAGUCUGGAUGAUAUCCCGGACCAUUUUACAUUCCACAAGGAAUGCCCGGAUCAUGUCAAAGAACAAAUCAAAGCGCUACUGCAUCGCAAUGACUUUAUACUUGCAAUUGGAGAUGAAAACCCCAAUAUGCCGGGAAACCCUGACGCAAUACAGCAAGGCGAGCUUAUCACUGAGCGCCAGAUGAAGAAAUGGCUUCUGCAAGAGCUCCGACUCUCUACGGCAAAGCCAUUGUACGCAACCGCCACGUCGGUGAAUGCCAGCUUCAAGAUAAAUAGGGACGAAAAGUCUUUGCAGAUCAAGGGAGUGUUGUGGGAUGAACUCGAAGUGUGUCACGAUAGCUUUGUUGAAGACAUCGACCAAAAUUUCGCCGAUGCAACCCGUUUCAUGAUUGCAGUUGGUUGCUGCAAACAUCUUGCCGUGUCCAACAAAAGUGCAGCAGACAAGUAUCCCACUGCAGCCGAGUUAUUGGAAGCAUUCUGGUCUACAUUGUUUGUUGGACAAGCGAUCCAAAAUGAAGGCAAAGAUGACACCAAGGACCAUCUACGCUAUGAGGACUGGCUCCCAGAAAUCCCAAAGUCAUGGGUACCAGACCAGCCUCCUGUAACGGCUAAAACCACGGGGUUGAUUGACAUUGCAGAGAUGAAUGAAGUUAUCGAGCGCCCGACUUCUCUUUUCAACAACCAACCAGAAAAUGGCGGUGGUAGUUUUGAGCACCGACUUGCGCCUCAACUAAGGGAGCAGGUGUUUCCACCUCACAGCAACGAAUACGUUGCGCUCUUAGGCCAACUUGCUUCAGCAUGGCACCAACAGCCAUACGACUUAUACCAUCGACCAUUUGAUCUCUUAAACGUCAUUCCUGAUCCGUACUGGGAAUCCAGACGCCACAAGGACGAACUCGCCAAAGACCAAGCGAAAAACAGGCGGUCAAGACGAAUCAGAUCAACCCUUGAGAUUAUCGAGAAUCCUUCUGAUCGAGAGUUCUUGCGUCGGGCGUACGAUGAGGUGGAUGAGACCUUGAAGCAGGAACCAAGCCUUGUGCCACAGAAGACUCUGCCUGCAGGUAUCGAAAGGUAUGCUGUAGGGCGAAAAUUCUUCAUUACCAAGAAGGGCUACUUUGGCUUGGGUCCCAAGAAAUCAGGGCCUGGAGAUAGGGUAGCUGUGCUUUUUGGCUCCGGUGUACCCUUUGUGGUUCGGAAGUGUCCAUCUGUUUCAGGGAAGCGGGCUUGGAGGAUCGUUGGUGAGUGUUAUGUGCACGGGAUAAUGCACGGUGAGAUUGUUCAAAAGUGGAAUCUUGGCUCAGCCGAGGCACAGAUGCUUCUUUUGAUAUAA